UUGUUAGUAAUUAGAUUUAAUUUCGGCAAAAUAUCUAAGAAACUGGUUAAUGAUAAAAAUUUUAUAAUUUUAAAAUGCAAAACAGAAACCAUGUUCUGUGGAACUUCCAUUGCUGACACAACCCCUCACCCCUCACGUACACAUUUUCUAGAGAGAGAAAAAUCUUUCUUCUUCUUCUUCUCCCCUAAGCCAUUGGUGGAGAGGAUGGGUUUCAUUUCAACUCUGUUCAUUGCAGCUUUUCUCUUGGACUCUGCUUUUGCUCUCAAGCUGGGACAGACAUGCGUGUCGGAUGGAAACUGCGACUCAGGUUUGCACUGCGAAACGUGCCUCGCGAACGGAAAUGUUCGGCCCAGAUGCACGCGUACAAGGCCUGUGAACCCUACUUCAAAGGUAAAGGAUCUGCCUUUUAAUAGGUAUUCGUGGUUGACGACUCACAAUGCUUUUGCUAAGUUGGGGGCGAAGUCGGCGAGGGGGUGGCCGAUACUGACUCCGACGAACCAGCAAGACUCCAUUACCAGUCAGCUCAAUAAUGGUGUCAGAGGGUUGAUGCUCGAUAUGUAUGACUUUGACAAUGACAUCUGGUUAUGUCACUCGUAUGGUGGUCAGUGCUACAACUACACCGCUUUUCAACCUGCCAUUAAUGUUCUGAAAGAAGUUCAAGUGUUUCUUGAAGCAAACCCAUCAGAGAUUGUCACCAUUAUCAUAGAAGACUAUGUCACAUCACCCAAGGGCCUGACCAAUGUGUUUAAUGCCGCUGGCCUGAGGAAGUUUUGGUUUCCAGUAUCUCGAAUGCCAAGAAAUGGUGGAGAUUGGCCAACAGUAGAGGACAUGGUCGAAAAAAAUCAGCGGUUGGUGGUUUUCACCUCAAAAGCAGCUAAGCAGGCUUCUGAAGGGAUUGCUUAUGAGUGGAGAUACCUAGUAGAAAACCAAUAUGGCAAUGGUGGAAUGAAAGCUGGAUCAUGUCCAAAUCGCGGCGAGUCAUCUCCCAUGAACAACACAAAGACAAAGUCACUAGUCUUAAUGAACUAUUUCCCAGACGGACCAGAUGUGACCCAAGCUUGUAAGCAUAAUUCAGCUCCAUUAAUUAGUAUGUUGAACACUUGCCAUGAAGCAGCAGGUAAAAGAUGGCCAAACUUCAUUGCAGUAGAUUUUUACAAGAGAAGUGAUGGAGGAGGAGCCCCAGAAGCUGUAGAUUUGGCAAAUGGGCAACUAGUGUGUGGGUGUGGAAACAUUGCCUAUUGCCAGGCAAACAUGACGUUUGGCAAAUGUGAGCUACAGAAGCCUGUUCUUGCCUCUACACCAGGACCGGUGGCUCGUGAUUCCAGUUUUGCUAAUCCAGUUAGCAGACCACUUCAACUUCUGUGGUUGUUGACGGUAGUUAUGGUGGUAUCCAUCUUAUAACCUACAUUGUUGUUUCUUAUUCUGCAUAAACAACAUGAAAUUACCAACAAAAAAAAAAAAAAAGGAAAAAAAAAAUUGUUUUAAGACUGACAGAUAAUCCUAGUUGGAUAGUCUGAUGUGGGUUCCAUGUGAUUUAUGUCUUAUAGAAACAUAAGCAUUCUUGUGGUUAUUCUCUUGUCACUAUGGAUUCCUUUUGACACAUUAUAUUGAUUUUCUUUUAUAAUAUGAUAUUAGCAGUUGCUUUUCUUUAUUAGAAA